AUGAAGAAUUACAAAGCAAAUAGCUCGAGACAGAUCCAGGAGUUGGAAAACUGCUGCGAGUCUAUUGUAGAUGGGCCAGGGUUCUCUAAAGCCUUACUCCUCUUCGUAGCACUUCUCUUCACCUGCUCCAGUUUGCGUUUAUGUUCCUGGAGCACGGAUGAUGAGAACUGUGUGCAGUAUUAUAGCUCCUCUGCAAAGACACGGCAGUUACCCCACGCCGCCGCGUACGGCGCGCACUUCUCACUCAGCUCGCGUACUGCCUUCCACCUGCAGAGGCCUGGCCUGCCUGCGCUUCACAAGGGAGGCGCCGCCGUCACAAUCGCUCCCCAAGAAACGGGGCCCCACGGGCCAAGCGCCGCCGCGGCGCCGAGCCGUCUCCGCGUUCGGUAUCAGGAGGGGACGCGUGACACGGGACGGAAGCGCUUGCUCCGCAUUAACAACCUGGGCCCUGCAGCCUCCUGGCUCUCCUCGUGCAAUAGUGUAUAUCGUUCAUACACGGAGAGGUUUGUUUCUGAUCUUUCUCAGCGACAGAUGAACCGCAGACUUCUGUGGCUAACUGGUGAAACCUGUGUGACAGGCCUCCCUAAAACUGGUACCGUACUCAACCAGCAAAUACAAAGAAUGGAUAAGCAAUGGGUGCAAGCACUAGUAGCACGCAUCAGGAAGAGGAAGCUAGGACAGCUCUGUGCUUGUCUAGCUGCUUCCUCUUCCUCUGCCCAGGUGGCUGCCCGGCGUGCCGAACCGGUGUUAACCGCGGCGUUUGCUUCCCCCGCAGCGUUGACGGUGCGGUUCCUGACCAGGCGCUUCAUCGGGGAGUACGCGUCCAGCGCCGAAUGCAUCUACACUAAACACUUAUGCCUGGAUGGGAGGCAGAUACACUUGGAAAUUUAUGACCCUUGUUCAGAGCGGGGGAAGUUCUCCCUCACAGACGAGCUCCACUGGGCUGAUGGGUUUAUCAUCGUUUAUGACAUCAGUGACAGAGCAUCGUUUGCAUUUGCCAAAGCACUGCUGUACAGGAUCCGCGAGUCUCACGUAGGAGCCUGUAAAAAAAUGGCAGAGUCAGCAGUGUUUCUGGUUGGUAACAAGCAAGAUUUAUGCCACAUGAGGGAAGUCGGCUGGGAUGAAGGACAAAAGUUGGCAAUGGAUAACAAGUGCCAAUUCUGUGAACUGUCUGCAGCAGAACAUUAUCAGGAAGUUGUGGCAAUGUUCAUGAAAGUCCUGAGAAACGUUACCUCAAAUCUCAAAGUGAAGGAAAAGAGACGACCAAGUGGAUCAAAGUCAAUGGCCAAGUUAAUCAACAAUAUGUUUGGAAAGAGAAGGAAAUCCGUGUAAAAUGUGGUUAUUCUUGAAGUAAGAAGAAGCUGAAAUAAUGGAGCACAGGCAGCACUUGGGAUUCAGUCAAUUUCUUCUAAAGAUCUCUGUUUGGAGGGACAAGACAGUACAAACCAAAGAUGGGAGACAGCGUGGUCAAGUGGACAGGGUCUAGACCUGGAAGACCCCCGCUCCUGUUUCCAGUUCUACUAUAGACUUACUGCGUUAGGGCUAUGUCGCUUAGUCUCUAAGCUGCGCUUCUCACCCUUUGUCUCAUAAGCUGUUUGGAGAACGAGAGUUUCACCUUGCAUUUAUUCAAAAUGAAAGCUAUCUUGAACGGAGCUUCCAGGUGUGACUGUAACAAUUAUUUCCAAUAAAUUCACCCUUGUACUCAGCCUUGCUGACCAACAGUCCUGCUUCUGAACUCUGAGAUGUGCUUGUUCUUUACUGCAAGAACACCUGCACUAAAGGAAAGCAAAAUACUGCUACUGUAUGCAACAGCAUUUUUGUAUUUAACUCGAGGAAGAAAGACUCGGAACAUCACGUACUUGAGGGUGCUGACACCUGCUAAAAUGAAUUAAAUGCUUAGACACAAAAUAUACAAAAGGUAUUUAACAGCAAAGCUGCUUGCCCUUGCAGAGGUACCAGAAGCAGGAAAGCAGACAAACAAGCUAGCAUUGCCUCCUGUUCCAGUGUUAUUUUUGAGUGAUGAAAGAACGUAGAGAGGGCUGAGGAGGGUAGGAACUGAAAAGUCACGGAGCACUGGACUGGUUUUGGCAAGGGCACUGCUUAGAGAAAUCAUUUAGAGCUAGGGCCAGUAUAAGGUCAGUGUAACUUCUUGGGUCAGUGCAACUUCUUGGGCUGAUUCCCUUCACAGAGCCAUUUUCAUCUGCUGUAACAACGUUUACUUACCUGUAACAUGGAUAUAUGCCUGUUCACUGUUAGAUGUGAAUGGACCCUUGUAAAGCACAUGUACACGCCCUGGUACAGAGCACGAGUUACUGCCUGCAAUUAAAGGUCAGCCUGCUGGUAAGACCUGUGCUCCUAACUCGCAUGGAAUGUUUUUCCGAAAGGACCUAUGUUUUUAAAACCUAGUCAUUGCUAUGGUAUUGAAAUGCCAUUUGAAAGAGCACUAAAGAGUAUGUUAGCUACACUUCCCAAAUGUGGAUAUUAAACAUCAAACAGGCCUAAGUAUGUUGUCAAUUGACAUUCAGAGCUCUUACUGUAGAUUUAACUAAUUAAGGGCUUAGCCCAGCAUGUUUGAAAGUGCUGUGCUCAUACAGAAAUUAUGAAAGCGGCGAGAAGUGAUCUGAAAGUGCAUCAGUGCCUUUCACCCAUUCCAGGGGAGAGCUGAGAUUCAGUCUUUGUAAGCUUCUAAGCUGAAGCCUACCUCUGCUCUCAAAUUAUACCUGCCUUGAAACUAAUACAAUUACUUUAUCAGAGCAGAACACUGAUUUUAAAAUGUGCACCCUAUAAAAAGCUAUAUAAUUUU